CUUCGGCGUUGAUGCAGACCCAAAACAGGAAGUAGAAUGUUAAGACGGAACUCCCGUUGGUUGUUUCGAACCAGGCGAGAACUAAGGCCCUAAAUAUAACCCGCGGGUUUGAGUCCGUGGUUUACGUCCGCCUUACCUGCUCCGUCAAGUCAACGACAACAAGACAAUGAGUGGAAGUGAAUGGAUUUCGCUUUAAAGCGGAUUCUUCGGCGCACUGGACAAGAGAGGUGAUAAUAUGAGACUGAGGACAGAAGCCACAGCGCUGCUUCCGUCCACCUGAUCUUGUAUACCGCUGUAAAUACACGUGUUUACGUCAUUAAAGACGCUGAAUGGGAAACAUUGCACACCGGAAGCGCUGCGAGCUGUCACCGAGGAACGCGCCUCACUUCACUGGAUGUUGUCCGUCUUGUUUUUCCCGCUUCAGAACUGUGAGUAUGGAGCUCGUGUGGUGUCUGGAUAGCACAGCGGCUUCCCUCCGUUUCCACGCACUUCUUCCACGCGCUGGAGCCGGCAGGUAGCGGGUCAGGUAGCAGGUGGACCGGGCCAGGUAGUGGGUCAGGUAGCAGGUGGACCGGGGCAGUAGUGGGUCAGAUAGCAGGUGGACCGGGGCAGGUAGUGGGUCAGGUAGCGGGUGGACCGGGGCAGGUAGUGGGUCAGGUAGCGGGUGGACCGGGGCAGGUAGCGGGUGGACCGGGGCAGGUAGUGGGUCAGAUAGCAGGUGGACCGGGCAGGAAGCAGGUCGGGUAGCGGGAGCAGUAACUCGGCGGUAUGCGGACAGACGUGGAGUACAGCCCGGUGGGAGAGGCGCUGGGGGUGCGGGACUUCUGGCUGUAUGCGUGGCUGCGGAGGACGGCUGUGAUAGCGGCUCAUGUCACCGGUCUGGGCCUGACCCUCAUCAUCGCCGUGCUGUCCAGACCCGGAACCAGUCUGUUCUCUUGGCAUCCAGUGUUGAUGUCUUUUGCUUACUGCCUAUGUAUGACUGAGGGCAUCCUCCUCUUCACAGCGGAUGGAUCGCCUUUCUGCUUCAUAUCUCGUAAAUGUAAAAUCCGUCUCCACUGGUUCUGUCAAGCUCUGCUCCUGAUAACAUCAGCCACCGGGCUGGGCUUCAUGGUGGCCAGUAAGAACGUCUCAGAGCAAAACCACCUGGUUACCUGGCACAGUCUGCUGGGCAUCUGCACCCUGACAGCCACUGCUCUCCAAGCAGCUGUUGGUAUUUGUGUGAUCUUCCCUAAGCUGCUGCACCUCUCCUCCUUUGUGCCCAAACUGAAGCUGUACCAUGCCACCUGCGGCCUGGUGGUCUACCUGCUGGCCACAGUCACUGUUGUGCUGGCAAUGUUCUCAGACUGGUUCCAGGCCACUGUAAAAGGGGUGACCUGGUGGGCCUUCUUCCUGCUUCCCUUCUUCCCUGCCCUGGUGGUGAUGAACCAGAUCACUAGUGCCUACCUGCUCCGCAAGAAGAUCACCAGCUAGGAAGCACAAACGAAGAGUCUGUUACUUUGUGAUGGAAGAAGGAGUCCUCAGUUCAAGAUAAAACAGCUAAAGGAAAAGGCUUGAGACACUGGUAGUCCCAUGAGCAGUAGAACGAAACAGCUGGGUGUCUGUCUUACAUCACAGGUCUCUGAAGAUUUAUGACAGAUUGUCAUAUAUGCAUCCCCUGAUACCUCCUGGACAGAAACUGAAAGCACUUCAACUCAAAGAAUUGAAUAACACUAUGCAAAGUAAGUGGGUAGCCAUGUCAUUGUAUACACAUGAUACCCACAACACAAGCUAUCCUGACAAACUCCUGGAGGCAACCUGCUGGAGCUGGUGGAUGCCUCAGAAAAUUCUUGUGUCUGUUGUAUUCCAGAGCAAUAUUUGCACUACAAAUGCAGCGAAAGGAAAAGUCUCAGACACUGUGUUGACUGCUUUAAGCUUCAGCAGUGAAUGUGAUGUGGACGAUUCUAUACCAGCUUGUAAAUCCUAUUUAUUGAUUGAUUAUUUUGUGUGUCGUCUGUUUUGGCUGCUUGCUGGAGCUAAAUGAAACAAUUCAACAUGAAAUCUCCAUCAACUGACAUUGAACCCAAUGAUAAUGUAAUAUGUGAAAGCAGUCAGAAUAUCGAUUAGCUUGUUGUUCUGGCUUUGGGACAUGUCUACUGUUUGGUUCAGUUUCAUGGCUCUCUUUAACUCUCUUUAAAAAAGCCCUACACUUCCUGUUCGGGACCAGUCAGCAGACAGAGUUUGCAACUAGCUGGUGAAAAACUAUGAACAUGUAGUGGUUGAACACAUUUUUCUCAGGAGUUGGUGGAGAGCCAACUACAGCUAAGACUAGAAUGUUACUCAGCAGAGCACAUUCCUCCACCAAGGCUGAACAAUGAACAUGCUUUUCUUGUUCUAAUAGUGUAAAAGAAAAAUAGGUGACUUGAUAAUCAAACUAUUUAUUUGUCAUUUAAAUAUGGUCCUUAACACUGUACCUGAAAACUUUUAUUCUACCUUCAACUAUCUGUAUCUGCUCAAGAGAAACAAUCACGAUCUUAUAUUGCAUAAAUGAUCUGCUUGAUUUUUAUUUGGAUACACAACAAAUUGCAUUAGCCGAUAACUAUCAAUAAUAAUAAAUAUUCCUGUUUUUAAAAAUCAAGAUUUGUGUGUUUUUCCCUGAACAAAUGGAGAAAAAUCCCCAGGUUGCUAUGUUAAUGAAAGUGAAAAAGAAAUUCUGGCUCUGUCCCUUGAUCUGCACCAAAAUAUGAUGGGUUCGUCCCAGGCCCAGGCUCCAUCUGUCCAACAUGCUAGGUGAAAACAUAACCUCCCUGGCAGUGGUGGAGAUUGAAUGUUGAACUUGUUUUUUGUUAGGUGGACCAACACACUACUCCACAUGAAUGUCUCCUGGAUGUCUAAGAAUGAUUUAGCACCUGUGUACUUGGCAAUAAAGUCACUGUCAUAGAAUCAAAGAUUGCAAUAAAUUAGCAAA